CUCACACCCCGGGCCUCUGCAUCCGCGGCUCCCUCCAGCCUGCAGCCUGCAACGCCACCUCCCGCUCCGGGAAUAGAAAAAGCCUGCCGUUCAGGGUCCAGUUCAAACACUGCCACGUGCUCCGAUCUCUCCACUUGUCUCGCCCCCGCGCGGGCUCCCGCCUGCUUCCGGCGCACCCCACGCCGCGGCCCCUGCCCUCUCCCCGCAGGGCCCUUCGCUCCGCUCUCCUGCGCCCGCGAGGACGCGACCAGACCUCCCGGGGCCGAGGAAUUUACUGGAAGCCUCUGUCCGUCCGGAGGCAGCGAUGGAGCGCCUCCCCCUCCAGGCGGUGGGAUCCGCACCGGCUCCCUUUCCUCUCCGCUCCCCGGCCCCGGCCCCGUCUCUCCACAGCCCCCCACCAGGGGCCGCCUGUGCCUGGGAGAGCGUGUCCCACCUUCGGCCCCGGCCCCCGGCCCCCGGCCUCCCCUUCCGCCUCCCGCUCCGGGCACACCCAGUGUCCUCUGGGGACCUCCGGCCACAGCGCCCUGCCUGUGGCUUCCAGCCCCCAGAGGGGCUCCCACCUGGCUCCCCACUUCCCAGGCGCUGGGCUCUCCUCCCGGCAGAAAACUUCUCCCAGAGGAGCGCAGGCUGUCGCCGGGAGCAGGGAGCAGAGGCCGCGGUCGGGAGCCCCUGUCUCUGGGGACCGAGCGACACUGACUUCAGGGACCCGACUCGAGCUCGGCCCCUCGGAGACGCGAGGGGGCCGCCCCCGCCCCGCGCUCCGGCCGUGCGCUCCACCCGCCGGGGCCGGGGCCGAGGGCAGAGCCGGGCGGGGCCGGGCGCCGCGCAGGACCGGGACGCGCGCGGGCUGGGACUCCGCUGGCUCCGCUCCCCCGCCUCCCGCUCCCACCAGAGCCGCCAGCCCCGGGCGCCGCGCCCCUCUCCAACCGGACGGCGGCGGGCGCGGGGCCGGGUACCUGUCAGCAGUUCGAUCCUGUGUCCCCGCAGCUUCAUCGCGGCGCCCAGCGCGGCCGGCUCCGGGAGAGGAUGGCGGGCGGCGCGGAGCCCAGGAGCCCGGGAGCGCGAGCGCCGCGGAGCAGCCGCCGAGCCAGGAGCGCUCUCGCCGCCCCCUCCGCGCGCUCCCCCCUAAAACGCUGGUUGGCCUGCAUGGCAGCUGGAGAGGAGACUGCCUUUCUGAAGAUCUCUCGGAACCUCCUUUCCUCAUGGGGGAACUCGGGCUAACUUACCGCCAGUCGGGACGGUUGCAGGAAACAGUGGACCUACGCUGGCUAGUUUAAGCAGAAAAGGGGCUUCGUUAAAAGAGGGUGCAGCUCUCGGGACCUCAGGAGUCACACCCAACACUGCAGCCUUGAUCUGGUGUCAAAACUGCCGCCGCCCCGGGGCACAGACCUGCAGCCGCCGCCGCCCCUGGGCAAGGACACAGGGGCACCGCCAUCGGGCCCACAGCUGCCUCUGGAGCCCGAGGGGGUGUGGCUGCCACCGCUGCCACCUCGCCACAGUGGAUUCCACGUGGCCUUGUGUCACCAGCUUCCAAUUCACAGUCAAAAAUGGGCGUGUCUGCAUUGGAGACAACUUGGGUGGAUCUUGAGAGUAUUAUGCUAAGUGAACUCAAUCAGACGGGAAAGGGCAAGACCCCUGUGAUUUCACUCCUCUGCGGGCGCUAACACAAAAACAACACAGGAGCAAACAAAAAACAAACUCAUACACACAGACCACAGA